CGGUUCUCGACUUCGUAGAGCCUAACGCCUCUGUUUAAUCUUUUACCGCUUUAGAAUCAACAGCCCACAGCUCCGGUAAUCGUUCGUCGUGUGGAUUCGUCAUCAUGUUUAAUCAGCUGCAGUCCGUUUCCGGUGCGCGAUCAACUCGCAAUUUCCGUUGACGGAGAACGCGAACGAGCGAUAAGCGGAGGAAGGAGGAGCGACGUCGGUCCUCCUCCGGGAUAUUGUUUCUCGAGGCUGCACUUUGUUACACCCUGUGUACUUGAGACGAAACAUCUGUUCAAAAUUCAUACACGGCGUUUGCAGCUUGUAUGAAAAAGGAGGCACAAGCAGAACAGGAAAUGCAGGGGGUGCAGCCGGAACGUACGAACGGAAUGUAAAUACAUUCGGAGCAGCAGAAGAAACGAGACCGACAAAUUGCGGGGAUGCGUAGGUGCUGCAAUUAACGGACGUUCGCUCUCGCCUGUACAGUCAUCGCCAGCUCGUCGCUCGUGACAGCCGUGACACGACGGGAGCGCACGAGCGAGCGACGCGCAAGGUUCAGUGAGCGCGCAAAUGUCAGAUGCGCUUGUGACAGCGAGUGGCGACAGUAGGAAUGUGACCGGGCGCAGCUCGGCGCUCUGAGAAUUUUCAUAGAGGAACGAGAGGUCCGCGCGACCCACCCAGAGUCGUCGUGAAUCUUGCGCGAUGGAGAAUCACCAGGUAAGAGCGCUGUACGACUUUACGGGUGAAUCAGGCACGGCGGAGCUGUCCAUCACUGCUGGUGAGGUUUUGACUGUUAUACGGGACAACGUAGGAGAUGGCUGGUGCGAGGGUUUCAAUCAGAGUGGGCAGUCUGGUUUGUUCCCAGCGGCUUAUGUCCAAGUGAUCGAGCAAACUGCACCCUCUUCCAAUGCUAUGACCUCAUCGCAACAAAGCUCUGGCGACUACUGGGACGACGACUGGGAUGAUGAUUCCGAGGUUGGCCAGACGCAGCCUUGCGUUCCACCCACGCAACAGCAGCAGCAACAACCACAGCUUAUACAACUGCCGCAGAAUAACAUCGGUGAUUACGAUCAAAUGCAUACUAUACAUUCUGUGAUACCAGAGAGGCCUAUACCCAAUGUACCAAAGAAAAACAAUAAGUUCUCCACACUAAUCAAGUCGGGAGAAGACAGUUUCUUGAUGGGUCACUCUAGAGUGGCAAACGUGCCUGAGAGUGAGAGGAUCUUUGUAGAGGAAACUGAUCUCGGCCGGUGCACGUGGGUGCCGACCGGGGAGUCCUACAGUUGCGUCGUCACGUCGCCUAAGAAGGAAUCCAAGCUGAAAGGUCUCAAAAGCUUUAUCGUUUAUCAAUUAACUCCUACGUUUAAUAAUAUUCAAGUCUCGAGAAGAUACAAGCAUUUCGAUUGGCUGCACGAACGCUUAGAGGAGAAGUACUGCUUCAUUCCGAUCCCGCCCCUGCCCGACAAGCAGAUAUCCGGCCGAUACGAGGACGCGUUUAUCGAGCAUCGACGCACGCAGCUGCAGGAGUUCGUCAAUUACGUCUGUCGCCACCCGGUGCUGGCGCGUAGCCGCGUCUGGGAGCACUUCAUCACCUGCACCGACGAGAAACGAUGGAAGGCGGGCAAACGACAGGCGGAGAAGGACGAGCUACUGGGCGUGAAUUACUUCAACGCCCUUCAAUGCCCGGACACGCCGCUUGACGCAAUAAAGAUGGAGAUACAGACGGACGCCUUCGGCAAAUUUAUCAGCGGACUGGAUCCAGUGGUGAAGAACUUCAUGGCCAUGGCAGUGGAUCAGGGGAAAAAGCAUCAGGUGCUGUACAGAAGAGAAUUCCAGAAAAUCGGCCAGUCGUUCACAUCGCUCGGCCACGCUCUGGAGGCGGACGACAGUGGUCGCGGAAAAUUGACGCGUGCGUUGAAAGCCACUGGUGACGCUUACAACGAUAUCGGCAGGCUCUUCGACGAGCAACCCAAGUUCGAUUGGGAGCCGUUAGCCGAUACUUUCCACAUUUAUCGCGGUAUUAUUAGCAGUUUCCCUGACGUCAUCAGUAUCCAUAAGAGCGCCGUGCAAAAGCGAAAGGAUUGCGAGCGACUGGUCAGCGAACACAAAAUGGAGCCGCAACAAUUACGCGAGCUCUCUCAUCGAACUGACGUGAUAGCUCGCGCGCUAAUUGCCGAAGAGACGCACUUCCAGACGGAGCGGGAAGUUCACAUAAAUAAAGCCAUUAAAUCGCAUCUCACUGAACAGAUUGCCUUCUAUCAGAAAAUAGUCGACAAGCUGCGAGAGGCGUUGAGCGCGUUCGAUGAAUGAGGCUCGUGGGCUCGUAAUGCAACGUGUAUUUAAGUAAAAAUCUGGUCAUUCUAAAGCUGACUAUCACUGCUAACGAACGAAUAUAUUCCGCGAUUAAUGACUACGAAUCCGUACCAAAUCCGUAAAUAGUUUCAGUAGAAUUUGUAUAUAUUAGAUAUGUCUGAAUUUUGCUUGAAUUGAAAUGAAUCAGUUUGCGUUGCGAAUGGUCAAACUGAAAAUAAGAAGUUGAUCAAAACAGCUGGAUACAUAUAGAUUGAUUAUCGAUCGUUUAAAUAUUUGUGAUCAUGUCAAGAUCGGUAUGAAAAUUCUGUAAUUGAUGAUUAUUGAUAGAUUAGGAGAAAUUGUAUUAAUAUAUUAUGCGUUGAUAUUAAUUUUAAUGUUUGUCCACGUACACAGACACAACACACACACAAACACACAUGUACACAUACAGCAUUAAUUUCGAAGCUAAUUUAUUUGUUUUGUAUUCUCCAUGAUAGAUUUCCGAAAAUGGACGUACCACAUUAUAUAUCGUGUAUAUACUUGAUCUUUACGCAAUCGAUGUAUUUCGAUUUUCUUACGAAUGUCAAUCGCAAAAUCGCGCUGCAUGUAUUGCAGCGUGAACCGUUACGCAUGCAAUAUUUUGCAAUUAUUAUAUAAUAAUUUCGUAACUAAAAGUAAACUAAACGAAAAAAUUUGUUCUCACAGUUGUUGUACGACGAUAAAAGUCGAUAAUCGCAUUUUCGACGUAUGAAACAUUUGUAACGUGUGAAAUUUCUUGCAAUAUUCUGUUCACAGGACAUAUCAGAAUCAAAGAUUUAUGUACAUACACUUGUGCAAGCUCGUGCUAUAUCGAAUUCUUACAUUUACAAUACGAGAGCGUCAAAAGCGUGUAACGAGCAGCUAAAUAUAGAAUGUACUGUGAAAUCCUGUUUUGUGUGACUUUGAUAACGCCGAUUGUUUUCUCCGCGUAGAGAAACGCGAAAAUCGCUGAGCAAAGAUUAAAACUGCUUGGCACGUAUAAACAAAGAGGGGGGGGGGGGGAAUUAAUCUGCAUGCAAUGUGUUUUAUAAGGUAUUAAUAAAGGCAGCCGUGUCGCGUAUGUUUAAUCAAACGCAAUUAUUAUCAGCGUAAUUGUGACAUAAAUCUACUUAUACGUUUCUCUAAAUAAGAAAUUUUGCGCCAGGCGCAAAAUAAUGAUAGGGCAAAAAUAACAAAACGCAAAACACGCUACAUUCUUGUUAUCGCAUUUAAAUAAAUUGUACAAAUAACAGAGAGCUUAUACAUAUAAUUAUAUAUAUAUACACGUUAAGCAUAGGCACAUACCAAUUUUUAUAAACGAUAUUGGUAAAAAAAGCGACUGUUCUUCUUUUGGAAAGGAAUUCUAAUAAACGGCCACUGAGUCAAGAAUUAAAUAUCAUUUAUUAUAUUUUAUCACAUUCUCAGAGUCAACUACCAUAUAAACAAUGCUCAUACCGUUUCCUAUCGUUGCCACGCCUUCGUAAGUCGAAUUCAAUUUCGUUAACAAAAUAUCUCUCGGUGGUAUAUCUGACGGACUUUUUUCGCGCUUUUAUAAACGUGAUCAACGCGGUAUACCAGUACAAAUACAAGUUCAAAGGAAAUUCAAUGACUGUGAUGGUCGUCAAAGGAAAAUCAUUGUGCUGGCCAGUGGCAAGUAUAGACGCGCGUCAGAGACUAAUUUUGUACAAACAAGAAAUAACGAACCCACCCGUAGCUACUACUGUCCCAAGUUCAUCGAUGAUGGAUGUGGGACAGUUUUUUUCCUAAAGCACUUCACGUAUAUAUAUUGCGUGUGACAAUACUCUCUUUUUUUUUCCUCUAAUUACACAAGCGACUCGUACAAAAAUAGCGCCCUGUUUUGUGCAACCACAUGAUCACGCAUACUCGACAACUUAGUCACAUAAAUAAAAUAAAUCGUACAACACAUUCAAUGCGCCGUUCGCUCUACUACUUAGGUCUAUCUCUCGAGAUACGUAAUAUCGUUUAUCUGCCAUAUAGGGCCAGUCGUUCUCCUCGUUCAAAGGAGCAACUCUGCGAACAGAAACGGUAAUGGUAACAGAAAUCAAUAAUUUUCAACAGCGCUUCAAGCAACAUUUAAAAUAAGAGUCUCCUCUCUUCCGCAUCAUCCGAUUUGUCGAGUACUUUGCUCCUCUCAGAUGUAGGCCAUAAUAUAAAAAGAAUACACGCUAUAGUACAGAGGUAAGCUUUCGAGUCACAGAGCCUGACAGGACAGUGUUGAGAUGCACGUAAAUAUCGCGAAUCGAAUCGAGCGUAACGAAAAAAGGUGACAAGCCGCAUUAUCCAACAUCACCGAAAGGACAUCAUUAAACAUUGGCACAUUUCAAACUAUGUUUUUUUUUUAUUAUUUCAUUUUAUUCUGUUUACUCCGUAACGGCCGAAAGCAACGGCGCGAAUAUUAUUAUAUCGUGGCGAUUAUUAUUAUAUCCAUUAUAGACAGUAUAGAGAGAGAGAGAGAGAGA